AUGAAAUUUCUUCAUUUGAAGCUCUUAAUUCCAGGCUUACAAUUGAUAAAUAUUACAGCUCAUAGACAUUCUUUGAAUUUUCCUCGUGUUGUCUUUAUUCUUAUGGUGAUGUUAAUGGCGAGUUCGAGCCUGUUGUUGGGUGAUGUCAAGCCAUUGCGUCAUGCAGUUUUAUUGUCACUGUUGACACUUCAAGUUCUCACCCGUUGA